UAGGCAGGGCUUCAGACUUGAAGUACAUACGCCCAAAAUAACGUUAACGUUAUGUAAAGCACGUCGUCACGUGACCCACUAUCCUUCCUGCUGAUAGUUACAAGCAUGAUUUAAAAUGCUGCGUGGAUUUAGCUUCAUUAAAACUAUUCAAGGAUUUAAUCGACGUUCUUAUGGAGUACUUACUGGGCACCAGCACACAACCUUAAAUCAAGAUGGAAGUUUGUAUCCAAGUCACAUCCCAACCAACUCUGUUCAGAAAGCUCUUCUAGCUGUGGGCUCUGGAGUGGCUGCCCUACAGAACCCCUACAGACAUGACAUGGUCGCUGUGCUUGGGGAGGCCACCGGUCACAUGGCCCUGAUCAGGCUUAGGGACAGAAUGAGUAAUGAUCCUGAAGGUUACACUAUUCUCACAGAGCGUCCUAGGAUUCGGCUGUCUACACUUGACCUCACUCAAAUGUGUGCUUUGCCAGAGGGUACAUUAGGAAGAGAGUAUCUUCGCUUUCUUGAAAAAAAUAAAGUCACCCCUGACACACGGGCGGACGUGAAGUUUGUGGAUGAUGAAGAGCUAGCAUAUGUCAUGCAGCGAUAUCGUGAAGUCCACGAUCUGUUGCAUACCCUGCUUGGCAUGCCGACCAACAUGCUGGGUGAGGUUGCUGUGAAAUGGUUUGAGGCUGCACAGACUGGUCUGCCCAUGUGUGUUCUUGGAGCAACUCUUGGACCUCUACGCCUAUCCCUCAGUCGUCUACAGAUGCUCAUUCAGUCUCUGGGUCCAUGGGCUCUGCGCAGUGGCCGUCAUGCCCGCUGUGUUCUCAGCAUUUUCUAUGAGCGCCGAUGGGAGCAGAACCUUGAUGACCUCAGACAAGAACUGAACAUUGAGUCACCACCACUUAAUCUUUUUCCCAGCAAGAACACAUCCUCAAACAGCUUUAUCAAACAGUAACCUUAUCUUAUAACUAAUUUAACUGACAAAAAUUGUUUCAUGUGGGGGUGUCACAUAAGGAACUUGCAUAGAUCCUAUUAAAAACCAUGAUCAUAAUAUUUUAAAUAGUCUGAUUCCUGGAACCGGUCUUUGUUCUUAAAUAAGGAACAUGAAUAGUUCACUAUUAUUAACAAUUAGAUGACCAACUGAAAUUUUCAUUUCAUGUGCAGUGAAGUUUUACAUACCUAAAUUUUUCCCAAGUGAAAAAAUAACACUUCUCUAGUAUUUUAAUGUUUUGUGUUUUAUAAAAUCCGUCAUGUUUAUGUUAUUUUAUUGUCACCAUAAACGUAAUGUGUAUUCUAUUUAACUUGCCAUAUUGUCAUACAUGAAGAGAUUAUGAUGUACAGUAAUAUACAGUAAAAAUUGUUUUCAUUAACUUAAAUAAUUUAAAAAUAACUAUGCACAGAUGUCAACAAACUGUGCAACAAUAAACAGAUCAAAUCAAUAGCUGGUUUGGCAACUUUAAUUUGUUUUUUGGCUGUUGUGCAUU